GGCGGACCGGCAUGUCGAUCUGGUCGAUGUUUAAACAUUAAAGCAGACUUGGCGGUACUCUAUUAUUGCGAAUUUACACCGAUUGCAGUGGCGCAAUGGGCAACCAUGGUCGUACACCCUCCAAGCCCAGAAAUGAGUACACGACUCUAGGAUGAGUAAGCUUCUGGAAGAAAACUUCCCAGUGCGUGAUAAAAGACACUCCCAUGUCCUCCCGCAGCUCCUCGCUACUACCAUCGUUUCAUGGUUGUCCAUCGUGGUGGGCUACGCCUCUGCCUAUUCCUCCCCCGCCGAAUCCACCAUGGUGCAAGAAUUAAAUAUUACCAAAAGCGAAACCAGCUGGAUCUUCAGUUUGCUACCAGUCGGAGCUCUCGUUGGCAGCCUCUCCGGAGGACCCUUCGUCGAGUUCUUCGGUCGCAAGAAAACCCUCAUUCUAACCGACAUCAUCUUCGUCGUCGCAUGGUCCAUCAACUACCUCGCCCAUAAUUACUGGACCAUGUACCUCAGCCGCAUCCUCAACGGUUACAGCGUCGGCAUCACCAGCUUCGCCCUCCCGGUGUACCUAGCCGAAACCCUCCAACCCUCAAUCCGCGGUCGCCUGGGGCUCUUCCCCACGACUUUCGGCAACUUCGGCAUCCUCAUCUGCUUCGUCUCGGGGAACAUCUUCGAGUGGCGCCAGCUCGCCGCCAUCGGCAUCCUCUUCACACUCCCCUUCCUCACAGUAGUCUGGCUCAUCCCCGAAACCCCCAGAUGGUACCUCUCCAAAGGCAAAGUCCGCCACGCCCGAACCUCCCUCCAGUGGCUGCGCUCCAAAUCCUGCAACAUCUCCAAAGAGCUCGAGGACCUCCAACGCGUCCAAAACCCCCGCAACACCGUCAAGUGCACCAGACCCCACUUCCGCGCCUUCUCCAUCGUGCUCGGCUUGAUGUUCUUCCAGCAGUUCAGCGGCAUCAACGCCGUGCUCUUCUACACCACCCAGAUCUUCGAGGAGUCGGGGUCGUCCAUGGACGCCUCCUUCUGCACGGCCAUCAUCGGAAUUGUCAACUUCGUCUCGACUUUUAUAGCCGCGGUCCUGGUGGACCGUCUCGGUCGCAAAAUCCUGAUGUACGCGUCCUGCGUGACCAUGGCGACCAUGCUGGGGGUGCUGGGGUUGUACUUCUACCUCUUGAAGGUGAGGGGGAGCGACCUCCGGGCGGUGGAGUGGCUGCCACUGUCGUGUUUUAUUGUCUACGUGCUGGGGUUUUCGUUCGGGUUGGGGCCCAUUCCGUGGUUGAUGAUGGGGGAGGUGUUGCCGGCGGCGAUUCGAGGCUCUGCCGCCUCCAUGGCGGCGGCGUUCAACUGGGGGUGUACGUUUGUGAUCACGAAGACGUUUCCGCUGUUUGUUGAUUCGGUAGGGACGCAUUACGCGUUCUGGUUUUUCGCGCUGGUGAUGGUGGGGGCGGUGGGGUUUUUGAAGGUGGCGGUUCCUGAGACGAAGAAGAGGACGUUGGAGGAUAUUGAGAGGAUUCUGGCGGUUACUUAAGUUAAUAAUAAUAGUAAUAAAUCAGUAAAAAAAAUGUUUAGGCUAGGAGUAUACAGGGUGUGCCGAUACAAUACUGACCAAUCUAGUUGUUGUCAAAGUCAUUACAAAUGUACCUUUCCUGUUUUGAUGCUUGAUAUUUUAGUUACGUUUAGAACGUAGAAGUGAACCUGUUCCAAAAUGAUGUGAUUGUUAUUGUAAUUGUGAUGUACUAGAGUGCCGAUAUCAUAAAUAAACAACCGAUUAUCAGCUGUU